AUGCAGCUCCAGGAGGUGGUACAGAGGCACAGGGAGCUCAAGAAGAAAGACAAGAUGCUGGUCAUGACCUGCGUCUACAAGAAGGCCCAGCCGAAACACCGCACCCGCAGCACCGAAGACGAUAUUCUAAUCUGCACCAACUCCGCCGACGGUCAGCUGCUUCACUGCGAGAAACCGAGGAAACAGCGUCGACUGAACAUCCCUCUGAGUCUGCUUGAUGACCACCGCGAGAUAGAGGUCCGCUACGACCUCCUGGACUGCCACAUCAGCAUCUGUUCCCCAACGGUCCCCCAGUUGUUUUCGGACAACUUUGACUACCAGACACGACAUCAUUUCAUCAGGGGCAUCCUCAUGAACGAGGACAUCCUCGGGAACCACAUCUACACACACGUCAUCUCCGACCAGUACGCUGCACGCGUCUGCAAUUUCAGCACGUACGACGCCAUCAGCAAAGACGUCAUCCAUCGCUGGGUAUACCCCCUGGUCCCGGAUAACACAGACGAGGCAUGUUCGUACGGGCGACGUAACAUAUACCUCAACACAAAUGUGUCGCUGGCAUUUGGGUGCGAGCUGCACGAGGACGUAGUCAUCGGUCGGAAUACUUCCGUCGGGGUGAGCACGCACAUCACGCAGUCGUCUAUAGGGCACAAUUGCAGGAUAGGAGACAAUGUGGUCAUAGAGGGUGCUUACAUAUGGGACAACUGCGUCAUAGAGCGAGGCUCAAAGGUGUACCGCUCCAUUCUCUGCGAUAGUGUGUACGUCAAGUCCAACGUGGUGGUGGAGGCAGGAUGUGUGCUGUCCUAUGGUGUAAUCGUAGGUCCACAGUUUACGGUGAAGAGAGGGUCUAAGAUAACGACUAGUAGAGACUCGGGUGUCCCCGGAGAUGACGAGGGGGAGUGGGGGGAUGAGGGGGUAAAGGUCGCGGAGGUCACCCAGAAGAGUCCCACAGAGGACAGCAACCCGACCGAGGUGGGUCGGGAGGGGCGUGGCUUCCUCUGGCACCCACCAACAACAGUGGAAGAAGACGAGGAAUCGGAGCAGUUUGCGGUGGAGGAGUGGCCGGCUGAUGAGGCAGAGUCCAGCGGUGGAGAGAGCAGCUCUGGGAGCUCCCGAGACUCCUCCCCCGGCCCCGCCCAGCCCUCCCACCAGUUCUCGGAGGGAGCCGACUUAGACAAUCUCCUCUUCUACAACGAGAUCAUCGACCUCAUUCGCUCCGGACUGGCCGAGAAAGUCAACACCGACAAUACCAUUCUGAUGAUCAACGCCGCGAAACACGCCUACAACAUCCCCAUCCACGACGUGCCCCUCGCCAUCGUUAGGGCAAUAAUGGAAGGGCCGCGUCGUUCCACCACGCCCUCAUCCACUGGAGCCCCGACAGGGAACCUACAAUCACAACCAGACACAAUGACCUACAUCAAGUCGGCCGUGAAUUUCUUCACGUCUCUCCUCCAGCACUACAUCCGGGACCAGAGUCUCCAGAUGAGCGUAGCUGAGACGCUCGCAGACUGUGCAGAGAAACAGGGGGCAGUCCUCGCAAACCUGGCCCGACUCGUACUCCUGUUCUAUAACCGGGACAUACUGGAAGAGAGCGUCAUUCUCUCGUGGCACAAGCGCUACUCGUCGUCCGCAGGCGAUUUGCCCAAAAAGCUGGAGGUUCUGAAGGUAGUCAAACCUGUGAUAGAGUGGUUACAGACUGCAUCCGAAGAGUCUUCGGACGAUGAGGAGGGAGAGUGA